AUGCUGGAAGUAGAUGAGGCAGAUGACAAGGUACAUCUCACGACCUUCAAGGCAGGGUUGAAGUCUAGAGAUUUUGUGGCAUCCUUGGCAAAGAAUCCCCCUAAGACAAUGGCCGAGGCAUUGUUGAAAGUACAGAAGUAUAUGAACACUGAAGAAGCUCUAGCAGCCAUUGACGGAGUAGAAAAAAGCAAGGAAAAGAAUAAGGAAAAGGAGGACGAUCGAAGAAGACAAAAAAGAGAUCAGGCUGAUCGACAGAAUGACAGAGGAAACAGACGGAGGGAGGACAAGAACCCUCGUCCAACGAAAUUCACACCGUUGGUGAUGCCUGUUGACCAGAUUCUAACAGAAAUAAGGGAUGAACCAUCUCUUAAGUGGCCAAGGCCACUCCAUUCAUUGCCUAGUUUGUGCGACAAGAAGAAAUACUGCUGUUUUCACAAAGACCAUGGGCAUUACACAAAGGAUUGUAGGGAUCUGAAGGAGCAGAUUGAAGAACUUAUUCGGAAUGGAAAACUACAACAAUAUGUAAAAAGGGGAGAUUCCAGCAGGUACAGCCAGAAAAGCCAGCACGGGGGUUCAAGGAAAGAUGAAGACCGCACACCACCUUGUCCACAUAGUGCAUAG